AACUCUCCGGGAUUCAAAUGGUCCUAGCCUUUGGUACAUCUACUCGCAGCCACAGCCGUUGUCGCCGCAAGAGCAGCUUUUGGCCGGGUGUUCCGAGUUCGAGCAAACAAGAGGUGACUGGAUGUGAUACAUGGAGCUCUAGCUCGCUGACUGGUGCUUAAGGAAUAAUCUCUUGCAGUGGCUCUCAGGAAUUUUUUUUUCCCAACAGCAAUCCAAGCACUAUUCUGCGGUUAUCUCAGCUGCACCUAUGGCGUAAUAGCCGUCCAAGCGUCCGAGCAUCAGGCUCCUAUAGAAGGACAGAUGCUGCAAUAUCGCGUUCGCGUUGACGAAUUCUGAGAGAACCAAAAGUUCAUAGUUGUGUAAUUGGACUUCUCACCAUGUCCUCGCCCUCAGCACCGAAGGACGCUUCUGCGAGAGAGACGCCAAAAUCUUGCAAUGGUCCUCAAGAUGCACUCUCAGUUGCGUACCAAUACGGGGUUUUGGAAACGUACUCAGCGGUUUGAGACGUCGAGGAGCCAAUACUAUCGAGAACAGUGUUGUUUAUCGAUUAAUCAAGGCUGACCUGUUCGAAGAUUUCCCUAUAAGAUCGGUUAUGAUGUCUCUGGCACGAUCAUCGCCACAAGCCCAGAAGUUACCAAAUCUCAUCCAGGCCUCGUGGUAGGCGCUGAAGUUUUCUCGCGCGUACCAGAGAAACAUCGCGGCACGGCCUCAGAAUACGUCACAUCCAGCGCUGAUGCGAUAGCCCCCAAGCCCAAAUCUCUCUCGCACACCGAAGCAGCGGCGUUACAACUAGCCGCACUCACGGCUCUGCAAGCCUUGGAAAUCGCAGCAGCCCAUUUCGAAGGCGGGCUAGAGGGCAAGACGGUCUUCGUCCCCGGAGGUCUGUCGGGGACCGGCAGUGUCGCCGUGCAACUAGCCAAACGGGUGUUUCACGCCAGUAAAGUGAUAACGACCGUUUCCACGGCCAAAGUGGGCAAAGUUCGCCAACUCCUAGGCGAAGACGCCGUCGACCAGAUCAUCGACUAUACCAAGGAGAAGAAUCUCAGUGAAGCGAUCCCCUCGGGGUCCGUCGAUGUCAUGUUCGACACCAUGAACCAAGCCAUGCCAUGUCUUUCGCUGAUGAGGAAGGGAGGAUUUAUCGUGAGUAUCAGCGGGACGGCGUUUGGGAGUGGUCUCAAGCAGAAAAUGCCCACUAUACCGUUGCUGGUGCGUUGUAUCCUGAGUACACUGGGGACUAUCAUCUUGUGGCGAUGCUGGAGAUUUGGGGUCUCGUAUUCCCAUUGUUUCAUGGAGCCUAGUCGGAAAGAUCUCAGUCGAUUGAGUGGUUGGGUCGAUGAAGGGAAGUUGAAGCCUGUGGUAGGCAAGGCGAUUGGCUUGGAUGAUCUGGAUGGUAUUCGACAGGGCUGUGGGGAGGUAUAUCGAGGAAAAGGUGGGCUUGGGAAGUUUGUGAUCCGGGUCCAUGUGACUGAAGAUGUACAAUAGUAGGUAGAACAGAAGGGGGAGUAUGUCUUGCUAUG